GACUUCGCGGACUGUCAACGCGACCACGGAGGCGACGCCACGUCGGGGCCACGCCGCAAAGCGACCACGACGGCAGGCCGCGAGAGGCAGGCCAAGGCCCGAGGACGGAAGCUCCCAAGGCUCUUCAGGCCAGGGCUGGAUCGCGCCCGCGUCUACUGCAGAAGGACGACGGCCAAGGCCGCGCGGAGCUCCGCCACCACGGGGGCCCCGACGUUCGGCUCCGCCAGCCGCGAGUGGGCGCCGUCAGCGCGCGAGGCCGCCUGCCGCAAGGUGCGGCCCCGGGGCUGGCCAGCCUCUCCCAGUGGAAUGGCUGGAGGCGCGACACGCGCAGAGAUGGCCUGGGCCCCCCUGCUGCCUGACGCGGCCGCCCGCGCCCGCCUGGCCUGGGGCCUGGCCAUCCAGCUGGCGAAGCACCCUUGGCGCCUGGCAGGGGAGCCGAUCAGAGCGCCGGACCUCACGCGGGGCUUCGCCCAAGGCGACCCGCGCAGAUUCCGCGACGCCGAGGGCGGCGAGCACGACGCACGGAGGCAUUCGCCCGCCUUCUUCCGCCACGCGGGCGCGGUCGACUGCCGCGCGGCGAUUGGGCUCGAGGGGGCGGCCAGGCAGGGCCCCAGCACGAGGGGCUGGAACGCCCCUCCUUUCUGGCAGCCGAUCCUGGACCUCGCAUCGCUCGACGGCCAGGGCCGGGGCGACGGGCCCCUCGGCCCCGACAACUGCCUGCCGCACCGCUUCAGGGGCAGCCACCUACACCACGGGCGCUUCAAGUUCGAAGCCCACGAUGGAUGGAGACCCGAGUUCCUUCGCCCCGCCGGCCGGCUCGAGCUCGGGCCCCACCUGCACAUCUUCGUGGACGGCUCGGGCGUGGACCAGGCCCACCCCAACCAGCGCGCCGCGGGCUGGGCCCAGCUGGCCAGAGACGGCGAGGACCACGCAGUGAAGGCGCUCACGGACACCGCGGCUGGAGGAGCCCUCCGCCCGCGCAUCGACUGCCCGCCCACCGCGCGCCGCGCGGCCUGCCCCGAGGCCGCGGCACCCCCCGGGAACCAGCGGGCUCGCAUCUGGGCUGGGAGGGCAGAGCAACUCCAGCAGGCCACAGCAGUCAAGUCGAAGGCCCACCUGGACCAGACGGCACCGCGCAACGGCCUGAUCACGCAGUUCGAGCUGGACGGCGGCGACCGCGCGGACAGGCGGGCCGAAGAGGGCGCGACGGCCGCUGGAGCGCCCCUGGCCGACGUCAAAAUGCUCGACGGCUGCCGGGCGAUCGCUCGCCAGGCGGCGCAGCGCGCGGCCUCGCCGGAGGCCCGCGUAGCCCAGGCCGGGCGCGCGGACUCCGCAGGCGCUGGCGCGCCCCAGUUGAUCGACUUGGGCGAGACGCCUGCUGGCGAGUCCGACGACGGAAACGGCGCCCCCGCGGCCGGCUCCCUCUGCCCCGACGGGAGCCAGAGGGUAGCCAAGACUGACGGCACCCUCAG